GAGAGUGUAGCAGCCUCUGUAGCCAGCGCUUGGAGUGCGGGGCGCGGUGUAUGGCAGCAAGAUGUCCCGCUCGGAGGAGGUGCACCGGCUGACCGAGAAUGUGUACAAGACUAUUAUGGAACAAUUUAACCCCUGCCUUAGGAAUUUCAUAGCAAUGGGGAAGAAUUACGAGAAAGCCUUGGCAAGUGUAACGUUUGCAGCAAAAGGCUACUUUGAUGCCCUGGUAAAAAUGGGUGAAUUGGCCAGUGAAAGCCAAGGCUCUAAAGAACUUGGGGAUGUUCUCUUCCAGAUGGCAGAGGUACACCGGCAGAUUCAGAAUCAAUUGGAGGAAAUGCUGAAAUCUUUUCACAAUGAGUUACUCACUCAGCUCGAACAGAAGGUGGAGUUGGAUGCCAGGUAUCUAAAUGCUGCUCUGAAAAAAUACCAGGUGGAGCAAAAAAACAAAGGGGAUGCCUUGGAGAAGUGUCAGCUAGAGCUGAAGAAGCUGCGCAAAAAGAGUCAGGGCAGCAAGAAUCCCCAGAAAUAUUCAGACAAGGAGAUGCAGUACAUUGAAGCAAUCAGCAACAAACAGAGUGAACUAGAAAACUUUAUAUCUGAUGGGUAUAAAACGGCCUUGACGGAAGAGAGGAGAAGGUAUUGCUUCCUGGUGGAGAAGCAAUGUGCCGUAGCCAAGAGCUCAAUGGCCUGUCACAGCAAGGGUAAAGAUAUACUGGCUCAGAAGAUUCCUCCCUGGCAACAGUCAUGUGCUGACCCAAACAAGAUUCCAGACAGAGCCCUUCAGAUAAUGCAACAGAUGGCUAUAGGCAGCAAUGGUACAAUUAUGUCUGGGACACUUUCUGGGCCUCUGACCAACUCAAAAUCCAGCCUGUCCAUAUCGGACCCUAUCCCAGGUGCCAAACCUCUGCCAGUGCCACCAGAGCUUGCCCCUUUUGUAGGGAGAAUGUCUGCUCAAGAGGGCACCCCUAUAAUGAAUGGGGUCUCAGGGCCAGCACCCAGCAGUUAUGAACACUGGGGAGAACUGAAACCAAUCCAGCCCAAAAUCUCUCCAUCACAGCCACACAAACAGAUCAGUGAUUCCUACUCAAAUACCCUUCCAGCCCGCAAGAGUGUUCCACCCAAAAACAGUUACACCGUGGCUGAGAAUAAGACUCUGCCUCGUUCCAGCUCCAUGGCAGCUGGGCUAGAAAAGAAUGGCAGGACACGAGUUCAGGCCAUCUUCUCACAUGCCGCUGGGGACAAUACCACUUUGCUCAGCUUCAAAGAUGGCGACUUCAUCACCCUACUGGUUCCUGAGGCAAGGGAUGGCUGGCAUUAUGGGGAGAGUGAGAAGACAAAACUGAGAGGAUGGUUCCCUUUCUCUUACACGCGAGUGCUAGACCGUGGAGAUACAGCAGCCCGAUCACAGAUGAAUUUACAGCCAGGGAAGAGUAGCAGCACUGGGAAUUUGCUAGAUAAAGAUGACCUCUCCAUGCCACCUCCAGACUACAAUAUGGCUGCACGCGGUUUCCCUCCUCAACCUAUAAGCUCUUUCAAACCACGACCCUACAGUGUGGCUGCUCCAGCCUUUACACAGGAUUUAGAUGACUAUGGAGCAGCACGUCCCACAAGCAGAAAUCCAUUUUUUGAAGUCCGUUUGAAACCCACAGUAACAAAUGACCGAUCUGCACCACUUGUGAACUGACGGUAAUAAUCCAACGCUACCUUCCAUACAGCGCUCAACUCCCCACCUCCAUUCUGCGGUGUAUGGUUUUUAUCCUACAUUAGCCAUUAGUUAACAGUGACACUUGUGUGAAUGUAUCUCUGUACAUUUGUAUGGUAACUUUAUUAUCAAAACUUGUGGAGACACAAUGAAUUAUAUGAUCACAGAUGAAUAUAUGUAUAAGGCAGUAAUGUGCACCUUAAAUCUGUGACUAUGCGUGUUGGAAGUGGCCCACUUUCUCCAUCCAUUUAUUUGUAUACCAACACUGAAUUUAGCAAUACAAGCAUUUAAUUUCAGAAAAGGGCUGGGACUACAGUCAGUGUUCAUGUGUGUUGUAAAAUGGAUUUAUGCACUUUGUUUGGCUUAGUACAAAGGACCGAAGUGGAAAUAGCAGGGGUGGUUUCGUUACUCAGCAAAAUUAGUAGUUACUGAAGAAGCCAUUUUGCAAAUACAGACUUGAGUCUCUGAUUGAUAGUUCCCAUGAGUGGAAAGGCCACCUUUUGGUUCAGAACACAACAUGGCUGCCAAUCCAUUCAAAGAAGAUCUGAAUUCAAGACUCCAUAAAGAGACAUAUGAUAUUUAAUAUGUACAUAAGUAUAUUUAGUGACGCUAGUAUGUACAGCGGGAUUGCAAUGUGAGCUUUAAAUUAAAAUAAAUAAAACAGCUGUCUAAUCACAGGAGGUGGGGUUUUUGUGUGCAAAGAGAAUGCUUGAGUUCAGUGUUAACUCUCCCCACUGUUAUCAGUGGCUGGCCCAUGCAACAGUAAAAGGGGUCGCUUAUUCUCUUUAACUAUAUAGUUGUUAAAAAUAAAUGUAACUGUGUCAAAAUAAGUUGUAGGUUUAGUGCAGUAAUUUAUAUUGAACUGUUGCCAACAAAUUUAGUACAAAGGAAAAGUCUGUGUUGUUAACCUUACUUGUACUACCGCCUACAGUGAAGGCUGCCAUUUCACAACCCAGUGAUGUCGCUGGUUCCUAGUGAACUGAUGGGUUGAAAAUGAAAGUAAUAAAAUGUCUGCCUUGACCGUAUGCAGGAGAUAGUUCCACCUUUUUAGUAAUGGUAUCCUAAUGAUCUCAUGUAGACCUUGUAAAACGAACAAUGUAUAUAGGUUUAUUGAAAUAAAAGUAUGUUAGGCUGCUUAAUUGCUGUAGACACAACUGUAGAUCAUGCACAAUAACACUAUCAGAACACUGGAUUGGUAUACAGCUGUUAAAUGCCACUGGCAGACGGGAAGCACCGGAAUGAACCCGGAAACUGCUUAUUACAAUUACUGUGUGUUUAUGAAUGAAAUAAUUUAAUAUUUUAGGUCUAUUGUAAAUUUUAAAGAAUUCUUACUGUAUAAUUUUAUUGUACAGCAUUGUAAUGUUAAAACUAUAUAUAAUAAAAACUAUUAAAAAGCUAUG